AACACAAUGUCAACAUGUCAGCAGGUUUCUUAUUAGUGUGUAAAACAGAUGAUAUUUAAAAAUAAUAGUGAGAUAUGACUGAGCUGUUGGGCCGUGAGAACUGCAUCAAGAACCUCCGGAAAGACCUGGUCGAUAUUCAGGUUGCGAUUGAGGACGUGCUUUCCAGAACCGGACCGGUCCAUUACACCUCCUGGAAGUCCCCAGACAAACUGGCCUGCAGUUUGGACAUGGUGGCUUUGCUGGAGGAGUAUGAUUUUGUGAAUGGAGAGGACGCAUACAAUCAGCACUCGCAUGUUGUUUUGUUGGAGUUGGUGGUUGACAGACUCCUGCUCCUCCUACAAAGCGUCGGGGCUUUUACAGAGUUACAGAAGGGCAGAUACAGAAGAGAUCAAAGCCAGCAGAAAGGAUGCCUCUCAGUGGGCCUUGUGGUCAGGAACUAUUGGGGUAACUUACUUCAGUAUGCAAACACAAAGGAGAACUCCAAAGACAUAAAACAGAUCAAAACAAAGGCAUUAGACACUAAUCAGAAGAAGGUCUCCUCUCCAUCUUCCCCAACCAGCUCAGGGUCUGAUUUCUGCAGAAAUUGUGCCUCUACCUUGUUUUGUCCAACCUCAUUCAAAUUCCCCCCUGAGAAUCACACAAGUUCAGGUCCAGAUCUCAAUGCCUCAUCCUGUUCUAAAAUUCAACGGCACAGUGCUGCCUGUCAGACAGUGGAGUCCUUGCUUGUACCCUGUGAUGCAUGUUAUCGAGUGCAAUCCCUUUUGAGAAACACAGGAGAUGCUUUGAUCGAUCUUUUCCAGAGUGAGGGUCUUCCCUCUGCUCUACAGCCUCUCUUAGAUGCCAUGCAAGACACAGUGGAUCCAGGAAAAAUGACGGCGGGUGAUGUUGCCCUGUGGGCCAAAGAGCAACUCAGGGACAUGCGCCGCCUCGGAAAACAUCUUCAGGAUGUGCGGAGUACAGUGGAGCCUCUUAGAGAAGCCCUCAGAAAAGCUGAAUCAGAGCGAGACGGAUUUAGUUCUCAGCUGGUAAGCGUGAAGAAGGAGUUUAAAGAAGAGGUGGAAAAACACCAGGCCAAUAUAGUCCAGCUGGAGUUAGCUCUUCAGAAAGCACAGAGAUCCUCAAAGGAAACUGAGCAAAGGCUGCAAGAAGAACAUAAGCAACUAAAGAGAGAAAUGUUGUCCUUGGAGGAGAACAAUACCAGACUCAAGGAGAAGGUGGAACUCCAGCUAAACAUGUUGCAAGCACUGGAAGACGAAAAGGAGAUGCAAAGAGAUGAAGAGGCGUACAGUAAACUCCAGCAAAGGAUCCUGGAGCUUGAAACUCAUCUCAGUGACACUAAACUUCUCCUCGACAAGGAGAAGGCCAAGUAUCAGAGCGCUUGUUGUCGACAGGAGUCAAUGCAGGCAAAGCAGCAGUCCUUAUUAGAAAGAGUUGAUGCUCUGGAUGAAGAGUGUGACGAGCUACAGAAGCAAUUGGAAGAGAAGGAAGAUGCCCAGAGCAGUUUAAACAAACGGCUGCAAGAUAUUUAUAAGUUGAAGGAGCAACAAGAGGCUCAGCUCUCUCAACAGCAGGAUAUCUAUAGAGAGCUCCAAAGAGAGAAGCAAACACUACAGACACAUGCAGAUGAGCUGGAAAAACGUGUGGCACAAUUAACAGAGCAUGUGAAUACACUGAGGGAGCGGGAGAGACUUCUGGUGCUUUUUCCAGAGCUAAACGACUGGGCUCAAACCCAACCGCAAAGUGGAUCCACCUCGACACACAAAGUGAAGACCAAAGCGGAUCAGCUGUUUGCCUGGAAAGUUCAAGCCCAACCCAGAGACCAGACUGGUUCUUUAUCAUUUGGAAGAAGUUUAGCAAACAAAAGCACUGUAAUGUUAAUGGUAAAAUAAGUAAAAUGAAGUUUGAGAGGCUUUCUCGGAUCUAACUGAUGGUGGGGAGCACUGAGAUUAAUAUACUGUAGAUGUAACAAAUAAUUGAGGAAAAAACAAAAGGUGGCUCUGAUCCCUCCCACUGGAUUAGCUUGGAGGUCACCUGGAUGGUGUUAAUGGUUGUUAGGGGGUUGUGACUCCCUCAUCAGAGUGGUUUCAUUCAUAUGCCUGAUUGAAACUCAGAAAACCCUGCGGGGUCUGGGAGACCCCUCUGGGACCAUGGAAGCUACAGCCGGGUCUAGGAGAGCCCUCUUAUACGUGGUUUGGGGGGAACCCAUGCGGGGUCAGGGACACCCCUCUAAGAAUGCAUGAAGUUUAAUCAAUUCAGACUAACAUACCUUAUAGGCAAAAUAAGCAUUUUGAACAUUAGUCAUGUUAAAUGCAUAUUAAGCAGUUAUAAACAGUCUAGAUAUUAAUACAUCUAUAAAUGAUUUAUUAACCAUUAGAUAUGGACUGUAAUACACAUACAAGCAUUGGACCAAAGAGAAAGCAGUGGAGGAAGAAUUUAAGGGAAUUAAGAAAACAUUAAAAUAACUACCAGAGACACUAAAUACGCUAGAAGAAAGGCCUGAUCAACAAUGGUAUUUCUAAACAAAAGAUUUUAAAAAAAUAGGCUUGUCAAAGCAAAUUGCGGCGCUAAAUGGGGACGAUGAAACAAAGAACAAGACAAUCAAGUCCUCAGAGAGCCACAAAGAUUUUAAACAUAUUCUAGGAGCAAUAACUUUAUUAUCACUGGAUUAGAUAAUAAACCACAAAGCUACUAAGAGCCGUGGCUUCUGAAGGAAAGUCGACAGAAAAAGAUCGGUAGAACAACAGGUUAUCACAUUUAUGAAAAUGAAAGGAAUGGAGAUAAGAACUCAGGACACUGAAGCCUGCCAUCCAUUAAUUACCACAGUGGUGUCAGACUCCACUCAUCUUAUCAAGUGAGUCCAAUCUGAACUCUUGAUGAGAUGACUGGAGUCUGGUGUGCUAUUGCUUGGUUAGAAAGCAAACCUGCAGCCACACGGCCCUUUCUGGAACCACUUUGACACCCCUGCAUUACCACGAAGUCAACAACUCAGUCACCCUAUUGGGGUCUGUAAGCAGAAAACUAAAAAAUACUGUAUAAAAAAACAAGGAAGGAAAGUGAAAGGCACAAAUGUGUACCUAAAUGAUAACUUAAAGAAAAAUGCAGACAUUUAACAAAAAGUUUACUUCUUGAAAAAAAACCUUCUAACUGUAAAUUGCUUAAACUAAAUGUGACUGAAGAGGCGAAUGUGUUGUGUAUUAGAGGUGAUCCAUUGCUGGAAAAACGCCUACCAAGGGGGGAAACAGGUGCCACUAUAAAGUGCGACACAAACGACUACUGACUCCAUUCAGUACAACUUGUUUCCAGAUAAUGGAGAUGAUCUCACCAACCAAGUAACACAUACUUGAUAAGGGAAAGUAUAACAAGCAAAUGUAUCUAUAAUUUUUCUUUUUCUAAAGUUCAAAUUUCAACCACCAUUGUUUCUUUGAACAAUUUUUUUGUGACUGCUGUUAUAUGUUCAUCCCACUCCAAAAAAAAGGGGAGGAAAUUAAUAAUAUUAACUGCAAUGAUUAUACAGAAACCGAAGAUAGACCAUUACAUCUCCCAGCUGAUAUUUUGCCUGAUAUAAUUUUUUUGAAUCGGUAUUGGCCAAUUAGUGCAUGCGUCGGCUGAUUUAUAACUGCAUUCAGCAGCCAAGUCCUGUAAAUAUGUGAAGUUCAUGCACCUCCCUUCCCUAUAAAAUGUUAAUGUUUUGUUUGAUUUGCCAAUAAAUGUUUUUGUUUCGUUUGAA